GUUGAGGAGUUGGCAACAGUGCUCCUUCCAACCAAGGAAAUAUGACUAGAGAGCAGCUUCACUGGUAAACCAGAGACAACCUGCGGCAACUCCGUAUUUGUUUACCUACUAAAGGAUGAGAGGUUCGUAGUUGGAUUGGCAUGAUGUGGCUAUGUAGGAGAUGUGUAGGUGUGUACAACUGGAGGAGAAUGCGAUGGAAACAGCGAGCUACUCCUUACCAAACAAUCUUCACCUCAUGGAAGGAUUUGAAACAGAAGCAUUUCUCAAGUAUGGGCACGAAGAUAACCUGGCCCUUACAGCUACACUGGCAUCAGAGUCUGGGCACGGCACUGUGGAGGCCACAGAUGAGGGAGCCCCUUCUGUCCUCAGCCUCUGGGCCCAUAUCUGUACUCAGGGCUCUGAGUUUCAGUGCCAGCAUUGCUGCAGACCCCAUUGAGAUACACAAGCAGAGACUGAACUUGUGGUUCAGCCAUUUGCCCCAGGAGGAGAAGCAGUUUGGCGGGUACUUCACCCCAGAGACUAUGCACAUAGAUCCACUGAUUCUGGAGAGAAAGCCAGCGGAGAGCAGGGGCAUCGAGAGAUCGCAGAUCCCCCACCACCCUUCGCUGAGUGUGGAACAGCUCUUUGACCGCCCACUAGGGCACCCCAGUGAGCGAGGGAUGAACAUUAUGCUUUAUGGGGCUGUAGGAACAGGGAAAAGCACAGUGGUGCGCAAGCUGGUAUUGGACUGGUGUGCUGGUACAACCCUCUCCCAGUUCAAGCUGCUGGUGCCUUUCUCCUGUGAGGAUCUCUCCCAGUCGAAGAAUCCCACCUCCCUGCGCGAUCUGGUAGGCCGUAAGUAUCUACACCUGCGUCGGACUCCCUUCCUCAGUGGCGAGGCUCAGCAAGCUCGCGAUGUCCUCUUCAUCUUCAAUGGCAUGGAGAGGAUGAGGCUGAACUUCCGCAUCGCCUCCACUGAGCUCUGCAGCGACCCUAAUGAGGCACUUCCCACGGGGACCCUCAUGGUCAACCUUCUGAGGAAGUACCUCUUACCUGAGGCUACCAUACUGGUCACCACCAGACUAUCUGCGGUGGAGCAUAUCCCCAAGAAGUAUGUGAGCCGCUACAUGCAGAUCUGUGGCUUCAAUGACCCAGAGAGCCAGCGCUCCUACUUCACCAGCAGGCUCCUCCAGCAGGCCACAGAGAAGCUCAAUCCACAGGCCGAGUCACUGAUCGAGCUGCUCUAUCUAAACCUGCAGAAGGAGAGCCAGUUAGCCUUUGCCUGCUACUUGCCGUCCUACUGCUGGCUCACCUGUGCCACCCUGCAUUUUCUGCAUUUCACGGAUACCCAGGCGCCCAUCCGGACACUCACAGGCAUCUUCACCAGUUUUCUCCGGCUCAACUUUGGUGGGGAGGUGCUGGAGGUCAACGAGGGCAGCAGCGGUGCCACUGAGCAGAGCUCCCUGAUGCGAUAUGUGGUGCAGACGGUGGGGAAGCUGGCUUUUGAUGGUGUCACCAAAAGACGGACGCGCUUCACUGAGGAGGAGCUGGAGCAGUGGGUGGGUGGCAAGACUAAAACAGACGAGGAGCUGCAGCAGUUGUCCGUCUUCCGCAAUGACGUGCUGGACUUCUUUCUGGUGCCCUGCGUGGAGAACACCAAAUUGCUGGAGGCUGGGGAUGUGACCAAACAGCGAUAUGUAUUCGCCAUACCUACUAUGCAGGAGUAUCUUGCUGCCCUCUACAUGGUGCUGGGAGAGAACAAGUCAGCUCUGGAGAGGUUAAGCCGAGACAUGUCGAUGGCUCUGGGACAGGCUGGGGAGGAUCUGCAAAGCCUGGGGAACAUCCUUUCUAAGUUCAUCCCCCUCAGAAUCUUUGCUGUCUUCAAUCUUCUCCGGCUGGCACCCAAUCUGUAUGAGCGUGUGCUCAACAUGACCAAAGGCCGCAUUGCCCGAACCAUGGCGGCUGAAAUGUUCCGCUCGGAGGAUAGCUUCAAUGAGGAUGUGCUGGACCAGGUGGAGCAGAGCCUGCUGGGCGUGCAGGGUCCACAGCCGAAGCAAGAGCUGGAUAUGAAGUCCUUUGAGCUCUAUCCCAUCUUCAUGGGAGGUCUUCUGCACUAUGGAAACCGAGCAUUGCUGGAGCAGUUAGGCUGUCACAUCACCAGCACGGCCGUGGCACAGAUCACACAUGGCCUCACCCGCCAGCUAGCUCAGCACGGCCAAAAGAAUCUGCCGCCCACUGAGCUUAUGGACCUUCUGCUGUUCCUCUAUGAGUUCCAGAACCCACGCCUUACCAGCCAGGUCCUGAGCUCCCUCAAGACCAUCAACCUCUCCACCGUUCGCAUGACACCCAUCAAAUGCUUCAUCUUGAGCUGGGUGCUGACCUGCAGCCCCCGAAGGCUCCUUCUGGAUGAGCUGAACCUGUCCUCCUGCCAUCUCAGGUCUGAGAUGCUGAAAAUGCUGAGAUCAGCCUUCCGCUGCACUCAUCAUCUGAAGCUGUGUAACAACCCCCUGCUGGAGUCGGGAGCCCAGCACCUGCUGGAGGGUCUGCAGGGGAACCAAUCUCUGAAAAGGUUGGACCUUAUGCACACAGGCCUAGAUGACAGUGCAGCCCGGCAGCUUGCAGAGCACCUAAGUGACAUGACGAGCCCCGUAGGCCUAGAAGAGCUCAACGUGGCCUACAACGACAUUGGGGACAGCGCCGGUCUGAAGCUGGUGGCCGCAUGCCGGAAGCACCCGACAGUGCAUACCGUGCACCUGUAUCUGAACCAGCUGAGUGAGAUGGGGAAGCAGUCCCUGUAUGUGGAUGGCAGUGAAGCUGGUGCCGCUCGUCGGCUCCAGAUCCUGACCUCCGUGACGGAGGGCGCGGACCUAUCAGAUGCCUGGCCGCGCAUCCUCAGCAUCAUCCGCCAGAAUGCCACAUCCUGGGACCGCGGUCGUGUCCGUGAGCAGCUUCUGGACUUUCUCAGGGACCUGGAGUCCAGCCGGCGCCAGCAGCGUAACUUCCUGAAGAAGCACCACUUCCGUCGUGUGGAAAAAGGAGUGAGGGAGUGCCUGCGCACCUUGGAUGACAGAACCCCCUAACGGGAAACAGCAAAAAAAAAAGACAAACCCAGAGGCCUGGUUCCUCUUAGGUGCCCAAGGGAGUGAUUGUAAGAAUGUUGUAAGAAUACAGCCUAGUUAUGAUACAAAGGGCCGGUUUAUACUCAACAUGUGCAACACAUACACUUGUGCAGCAUGGCUGCCACACGUUUUUUCGGUAAUUCUUGUGUCAUUUGUCCAUCUACAUGUACGCAGCAUGCAAUACCAAUAAACAUCUUGGGCAGUAUGGUCAACUUCUGUUACAGACCUAUAUGUAUGGUAUAGUUAGUUUAGCUUAAAGUAACAAGUAGGCUCUCUCUCCUCAAGUGUCAAGAGUGACAAGUACUGUUAAAGUAGCAAGUAGGACUUGAUAAUGUAUGAUAUUAAUAUCAACAUUGCAUGUUACGUACUGACAAUUCUCCCAUGACAAGGGCUGCGAUGGCCGAGUUGAAAUCAGGCUUCUGCAUACCUUCAUGCUAUAUGGACAUUGUAUUGCGAUGUAAAGCAAUUUCAUAACAUUAUUUUUCAAUACAAUUCUGGUAUUUAGAAAUGUUGGUGAUGAAAUUCACCAAGUGUAGGAGGGGGCUUAAAUUUUGCUAAAACAUUUGUACUCUGUCAAAGGAAACUAAACUUAUCAAGCUUUCCGAUUUUAAUGAUUGUUCCUUUUUGUGAUCCAGUACAUGUUUUUAUUCAAAAUAGUUGUUUAAUGCUGCUCUCAGGGCCAAUCAUAACCAUGCUUGUUGUUUAAGCCACACGUAGGCAGGUUUGUGAGAAACUUAUUCUGAACUCAAAAUACUAUAUGACAGAAAAUACUAAGUAUUAUGAGAUAUCUACCCUGCCUCGUGCCCAUUGCUUCCGGGAUAGGCUACGGACCCCCCGCGACCCAGUAGGAUAAGCGGUUUGGAAAAUGGAUGGAUGGAUGAGAUAUCUAACAACAUAUAUCUAACAGCACAUAAUACAACAUUCAACAUGAGGUAGUAAAGUGAUAUGUGGCAGAGCAGAGUAGCAAUAUGAUGUGGCACACAGGGUACAAUGUAGAGAAUCCUGCAGCACUAUUGCAGAAUUAAUAAAAAUAUCUUGCACCGCCCCCUGGUGGACAUUGUCAAUCUAGAGAAUUAAAGUUAACUGUGUACAUGUAUGAGCAGCAACACUGCUUGUACAGAAGCAGCACAAGUGAGCAUAUAUGUUGCAAGCAUGAAGUAUAAACCAGCCCUUAUUAAACUGUAAUAUAGCAAUUAACAAUGAUAAAAAAAUAAAAGUUAAAUGACGAACAAGUGCUGCCCUUCAACAUGACAUCAUUCCUCAAGCGGGAAAGAUGCCUGGAUUUGCAGAUAAUAUUCUCAGCCUGUGCCUUUUGGGUGCAGAUGAUUGGUGUCCUGCCUGUCACAACUUUCCUUCUGCUUGUGCUUCAGAAACUCCCCACAUCUGCACAGAUGAUAUUCUCACCCUAACCCCACACCUGCGCAGACGGCGCUUAGGAUGAAGCAGUCAGCUGCCAAUGGACAUGCCAUCACUGACAUUCAUGUGCCUUCUGGAAUGUUUCUUCUGAUAAAAGGAACCUGCUAUUGCAAUGAAGCUUUAUUUGCACAUGUGAGAACAGGUAUGCAUGUCUUACUUUUCAGAUGGAGUCAGCCAUUUAACCUCUUGGGGGGAGCUUAGGGGUCCACUCAAGGGCCCAACAGAGAGACAGGAUUUCAACUGGCAAACUUUCUGAUCUCAGGCACUGAGCCACACUGCCCCCCCCCCCCCCCCAAACAGUUUACACGCAGUAGCCUCAGUAAUAAAGCUAUCACUUAGGUGGUGUAGCGUUAAGGCAGUUAAGUAUUGAGUGAAAAAAUCUGGAUAAAUAGUUCAUAAAAUGCAGAUACAGCUGACUAAAUAGAUUUGGCUGGUUUUGAAUUUUUAGUAAAAUUGAGUUUUGGGAAUUUUUUUGAUUAUUUAAUCGAGGAGUAAUGUUUAUUUUUUUACUUUGUGCUUAAGGCUGUCUGUGUCCAUACAAUGGUGCUUUGUUUUAACUUGAAUGCAUUUAGGGAGACUUUUUUCCUGGUCAAUUGAACCUGACUGUCACAGGAAUAGCUGUAAUACGUUUUGCCUUUUUAUUUUGAAUGAUUAAUAUGGCAUGUGUUUUUAUAGCUCUACUCCACAGGGUUGGUUUUGUAUUUUCUUUUAAAGCGUUAUGAGGGAUAGAGCUGGGGAACAAUUUUGCAUGAUAUAUUUCUGUUCUAUGACAUUCAAAUGCUCAUUGGUGUGAGGGAUCAGUUUUACUGUUCUUGGAUUAAAAUCUUCAGAGAGCAACGUU